AUGGCCGCCAUGAUGCCUGUGCCAGGUUUGUAGUCGGUGUUUUGUUCCAGUUUGUCUUUACAAUCAAUCGCGUAUUAUUUUUCGUUAGUUAUUUCCUAAAUAUUAUUGCUUUUUUAAUUCUGACUUCUUAAGUUAUGAUUUUCUGCUUAUAUUAUGAUCAAACAACCAUCGAUAAUAGUCAGCUUUGUUACUGAACUCAUUUAAGCUUUAGUUUAUCACAUGUAGAAUGAAUGCUUUUCGCCGUGGUUACUUUUUUAACAUGAAAUUAUUAUAGAGAAAUUUAGAGUUCACUAUGCGAACUAGACUGCUGCAUAUUCUAUUCAUUAUGGAGCUAUUAUUACAUGUACCAGGUUUCUCAAAUCAGCUCAGUCUUAGAUUAAUAUCUCGUUGGUUGGUCGUUCCUUCUCAUAAAGAAUUUAGGUAAAAUCAACACCCUACGAAUAUGCUAACAUAUUAAUCCUCUCACACCUCAACCACCCGGAUCCACGUCCCUUCCAUCCUUUGUGUGACCUCAUCAGUUUCAAUAAUAUAAAGUUCUUUGACUUUUAACUUGUGCAGGGGGGUGGGGAGGUGGUUGAAACCAUAAAUUAAUAAGUAUGAGUCAUUAAAAUAUCACACAGAAAAACUCAGGGUUGUACAGAGUCCUGAAUUCUUGGAAAAGUCUUGAAAUUUGCAAAGCAAAAUUGAAGAGAAAGUCUGGGUAAAAGGUGAAAAGUCUGGAUUUUGAAGCUACAAGUGCUUAGGGCUUAGUGUGGAAAAAGUCUUUUGGAUCAAAAAGUCUGUGCAAACCCUGAAAACCAAAAAAAACUGUUAAAGUGACCAGAAAACUCCAAUGAAAAUCUUGUUUCACUACGCAGACCAAAUGUUAUGUCCUGCUGAGCAGAAUUAUAAAUUUCAUGAUCCUUGGGGUUUUCAAAGAAAUUUUUCCCACUGAAAUUAUGCCCAAGCCAAGCAGGAAGAUGACAGACAUCUCUGAGGGAGUAUGUGACUAGAAUGAAGAUAUAUGUCAAAUUCAGGCAACAAAUUAGGCUGUUCUGGUUAACCAAUUUCAAGUCAGUUAAACUCUACUUUUUUAUGUAUCAUUGGUAUUUGAUAUUUUAAUGUUUUAAUCUCAUCAGAAAAUAACAGUCACAGUGUAGACAGUCCUAACUACAGAGACAAGUACAAGACACUGAAGAGGAAACUGAAGUUCUUGCUCUAUGUGAGUCACAUGGCUUUAAAAGCUAAGAACGAAAUAAUAUAUUACUUUUGCUUGAAUCUGUUCCUUAACUGUUGAACCAUUGAAAAUUUUCCUUGAUUUGAAAUACUUUUAAGCAGAAUGAUUAGAAGUUGGUUUCUAAGGGUGCUUACUGAAAGUCAAAACUUGGUGGCUGGACUGAUAAUCAUAUUUUGAACAUAAAGUAGGCUUACAAUAACUGUUGUAAAACCUAUCACUACCAAGCAUACCAAUAUGGAAUGGAUGACAGUUCUGAUAAGUAGUGGAAUUCUCUAAUUUAUGAAUUAAAUGGUCUGGUUUGGCCAGCAAAUUCAAAUUUUGAAUUGUCUCAGUAUGGCCUCUGAGUUACAACCAACCAAUAAUAUAUAUAAAGUUGCUACUUAUUAUUAUGCCCGGCUGAAUUGCUGAAGUGUUUUUUAAUACUUGUUAAUAAUAGUUAUUAUGUGCUUACUAUCACAGGAACAAGAAUAUUUUCAAGAAGAGCUCAGAAGAGUUCAGAAAAAACUUCUUCGAGUUUCUAGAGAUAAAAGGUACACAAAAGAAAUGAUUUAGUCUUAAAUCGUUUGUUUUCUUUCAAAAAAGAACAUUUUAUAAAGUUCUUAAAACCAUUUAGUAGCAAUUAUUGAUUCUGAUUGGUGCCCCUGAUUUACCAUUCAUAUACAUUGGAUAAAAAUUAAUGGCAAUCACUAAAUUAAUACAGUCGUUGUUCUUGGCUAUGAAGGGUUCAGGUCAGCUGCUGUCAAUAUUUAAAGUUGGAAUAUUUGAUCUAUAAUUUUUUUCUCUAGUUUUCUACUAGACAGACUCCUUCAGUAUGAGAAUGUGGAUCAUUCCUCAUCAGGUAAAACAUUGACAAAUCUGUUUCUUUAACUGAGUGUUGUCCAGUUCAGAAACCCAUCUCUCACAGUUUGACUGUGAGACUCAUGGUUUGGGCUGUCAACUCGCGGUCUCACAAUUUAACCUCCAAAUCUCAUUGUGAAUCAUAAAAUCUUGAAAUUUCCUGACAGUUCCAGUACAAAUUGGGGGAAACCUGGGUCCGAUUUCAACCUUCAUUCUUAUGAAACAUAGGAUUGCUAAGAUGAAACAAACUCAAAAACAAACUCAAAAUGGUUACUCGCCAUCCUAUGGAUGUGGAUACUUGUGAAGUGGAAUCUCAAACUGACACAGAGACUUUGGAGCCCUAGCUUUCGAAGAAGAAAAAAUUGCCAUUUUUUUUUUCUAAAAAAACAUAUUUUGGAAAUCUCCAGGUUUGAGGUCCCAACCUUCAUGUUUUUGGGUGCUUUUUUCAUACCCUCCAGGUCAUUCUAUCUAGUAACCGCUCUCAACAAAAACAUGGUGAUUUUUAACCAAGUUUCUUAAAAAAAUAACCUGCUUAACUUGCUAAGUGUGGAUGCAGUGUAAGCUGUGAGCAGGCUCAUUUGUGCAAGUGGGAAUGGCCAGGGCAAGCUGGCAAGAAAAAUGGGACAACAAAGAGUCAUCUCUGGCAGUGACAAACCCAAUAGUUUAUCUCCAACGUAACCUGAGAUCAGGCCCAAUUUGAGCAGUUCUUAUACAUUCUCUCUAAUCGCCAUGCCCGCUGGAAUGUUAUUUACAAAGCGAAAUGAAAAUAGAGCCUGAUCUCAGGUUACUCCAACAGCAGAAUCUUAACUAGUUGUGUCAACCUUGCAAUGCUAUCUGUGGUUUAAGUGUUGAACAUCAUAAUCUAAAUCCAAUACUUUUGUACCUAUGGUUAGAACUUUUAAUGUUUUUAGAUGAUGAGGGUACAGCAUCUUCCUCUGGUGUCAGUGACAAUGAAGGACCAAAGGCAUGUGGUGUUCAACUAGUUGCAAGUAUUUUGUCAAAUUAAAAAAAGAAAGCACCCAAAGGGGCAGGUGUCAUUCCUUGUAACAAAGCCAUCUUGAAUAUAAUCAUUAGGAAGUGGGCUAAAUUUUUCUCUUAUUGAAAUAAAAAAUAAUAAUAAUAAUAAAUCAGCUAGGAUGUUUCAUGAUAAACUAAGUUGAAGCCAACUGUGCUUUUCUCAGCGGUGUUGGGUGAGGCAGAAUUUUUCAGUUUGAGAACUCUAUGCCAGUGUCUGGUUGGGAUUUAGGUUAUACCUCACUUGCCCAUUAACUGAAGAAAAGCCAACAGAAAACACUUGACGUAGGAAAAUGUAGUGCAUGAUGAUUUCCAUUUUGUUUGUUUACAACUGUUCAUCAUUAUUAUUUUUAUCAAUUAUGGUUUUUCUUUUCAAAUUAAUUUUGAUUUUAGGUCCUGGUGGCAGAGAAUCCUACACCAUCUAGCAGGUAGGCUUUUAACACUUCUGUUCGUGUAGUCAUGACACUUAAUUUAAAACUGUUUAAAUAAUAUUGUUUAAACAGUUAUUGUUCUGGUGAAUGUAGAAGCUGUGGCUUUCAUAACUCUGAACUGAGGGUUAAAUUUCAGUUGGGCUGCUUACGUUGCAGUGUUAAUACUAAAGUAGGGAGACUAAAGGGCAGAGCCAAGUGUCUGCAAUAUCCUAAAAUAUUACUUUUCAAUUAGCAGGCCAAAGAAAGCACCUGCAGCCAUCAAUCAUGGACUUCCAUCCGAAAGUAUGGGGGUAUUUCCAUAUCCUUCUUCAGAUGGAACAAGCAGUGCUGUGAGUUAAUUCUUAAUUGAAUCUGUACCUUAUUCACAAAUUCCAAAGAAAUAAACUGACCAGGUCAAACACCUACCAUUGUAGCAUGUUAUUAGCAUAGAUAGACAACCAAUCAGCCAUUUAGAUGUGGGCGCAACCUUACUGUACAAAGUUAUAAACAGUGGUGCAGGAAUUAUUCUUUAAUAAAUUCUUCACCCUGCAAUUCCUAUAGUUAUAUGAUUUUCAUAUUUUCAUUAUUUCAUGGUCAUCCUUUCAUGGGUUUGUAAACAAACCAACUCAAUGAGCUGCUCCCAGUUGGCUGGAUAACUUAAUUGGCAGAGCGCUGCACGGAUAUUGUAGAUGACAAGGGUUCAAAUCCCGUACUAAGAUGUUUUUUUUUUUCAGGCUUUCGUUUUGUAACUGUGUCUAUAACUGCAAUGAUCAUCUUUCAUUUAAUGCACAGAAGUUUUGAUUUUAUAAUUAUCAGAUUUUAAGAUUUCUUACACAGACUAACGGCAAAUGUUAGACCAAUCUUGUACUGCAUAGAUGUACAGUUAGCAGUGCAAAAUAGAAGUACCUUUGAAUAGCUUGUAUUUCAAUUGUUAGUUGUUUUGAAUGGUAAUUAUCUUGCCUUUUCUUGAGAGCCCAAGUGGGGACUCCCAUAUAAAAGUGACGGGGAAGCUCCUCGGAAAAUGAAAAUUAAUCCCCCUAACGGAGACCAAUGUGGCUGUGGCUCAAGCUUAAACUGACCCUUAAGGGAGACCAUACUAAAACAGACAUCUAAAUAAGAGCUAGAGUAGUUUUUAUUGUGUUGUAUUUUAAACAUUAGAUUUCUGUGUGGUCAGUGUCAGAACAUUUUUUUAAAAUUUCUUUAUGCACAGCCGUAACCGAUACGUGAAUUGGCAAACAUGGUGACCAUCCCAGUCACCCUAAGUGGGAUCAAAAAAUCUGAAAUUUACAGCCCUAAGCGAGACAACAAGCAUCCCUGUCACUUUUGUAUGGGAGUCCUCCCCACCUCCCACCUGGCUUAAGAAAUAUAGGUUUUACUGCUUUACCCCCUGGUAGCCAGUUGACUAACAUUAAUUUCGUUUUCUUUAAUUUUAGGGAGGUGAACCAACCACAGCUGCAUCCAAAACGAAAAGUUCAAUUCAAUGUAAAUAUGUGAAUAAUGUAAGUAGGGAAUCUUUGUUUACCUUGCACAGUUCAACACUUAACUAUUUUUUAUAGUGUGAAAGGUUUAAACCCAAGAGUAAUUUCAUAAGAAGGUUGAGCAUGAUCAUCUGAGUGAACAUAGUCCUGAACAGGACUGUUGUUGAUAGUGUCUGACGUUUCGACAAACUGACAGACAACCUAUAACAUUGUGACAUAAUUGACCAAACAGGUCAAUAACCAGAGUUUUAAUAAUGCUAUCAACUGAUGAUACAACUCACUUUGAUUAUGAAGAUGACUACCACAAAGGUUGUUGAAAUGUCAGUCACUAUUGACAACAGUCCUAUUCAGGACUGCGUUCUCAGAGAUGAUCAUGCUCACUCUACUUUUUAUAGUUUUAUUCAAAGAAACUAAUAUAUUUUCUUUGAGGGCUUCUGCUUGAUCUCUUGGUUUUAGAGACCAGUAAUCAAGAAAGGCUUGAGUUGCUUUUGUUUUCUAAAAUGUGGUUUAAGGAUUGAGACAUAGCUACCUAAUUUUGUCUUGUACUCCUGGUCUAUAAACCCUCUUUCAGGUUAAUUCCCUAUAAAUCUAUCUAUCUGUUGGGUGUCUCUUUCUGUCAUAUCAUGGUUUGUCUCUUCCAUGGUGAACUCCCUCUUCAUUGGACAACUUGUUAGCUAUCUUAACAUCACUGCUUAAGCCUGGAAUAUUCACUAUUCGCAUGAUUGGGGGAAACCAGAAAUUGCAACGCUUUGCCAAUUUGGAAGCUUUAGAAAAUACAGGCUGUGUUAUGCCACAUCUUCUUGAGGUGCCCUUACUGUGCGCUGCAUCUGAUAUUAUAUUGAUGUCUACAUUGUACUUCUGUGAUAGGGAAAUCAGUGUCAGGAGAGAAUCAGUAAAAGAUCCAAGUCAGGAUACUGCGGUGCUCACAGAACUGUCGUACGCAUCUCUAAACAAGGUUAGUUGAUAUUAAUUAUUAAUACAGCAAGAAAAGAAACGUUUUGAGAAAUUUAUAGGUGUAGUUUAAGCUGUUAUGUAAACAAGGGUCUAUGCAGUCAUUCUUUUGGAAUUGAGAAAGAGACAUUUUUGCUUUCAAUCUUACCCAUCAUUCUAUGCUGCUACAGUACAUAGCUUGCUGUCUACUGUUAUCCUUGUUAGCCUGAACAUCAGGUGAGGCCUUCCUUAGUGUUUAGGGAGAGAAGAUUCUCCUUUUUCCCCAGAAAUGCCCGAUACUCUGGUUAUAUCCUUUUAUUAUAUGGCUACAAUAGUACGUGCACUCUGAUUGGCUGUUUUUUUGUAAUGACUGGGCAUUAUUAGCAAGGUGUUCAAGGCAUAAUAUACAAUCUGUGUGUAACCUGAUACUGCACAUCUUUAUGGACAUCCAUGUUAUGGUCAAUUGACAACCGUCAAAGAGGGUAUCUGCUGACCAGUGUCACCUGACUGUAUCGCAGGCUCAAGUGUACAACUCAUUGAGUUGAUGUGUUUUUUAAAGUUAUCCACUGACCAGUUGUUGGUUUUAAUUGAUUGCAGGCCCAGGUCCAUAAUGAAAAGGCCUAUAAUAAAUGACUUAUUAACCUCGUCUGUUCAUUCAUUGCAGGGAAAACUCAGACAACGGCCUUGAUGUAUUGACCAAGCGAUACAUUAAGGCCGCGGUCUGAGAUUUCCCUGUAAUGAUCUCACUCUCAGUUAAUAAGUAGUAUGUUAACAAUCAACUUCACAGAAAAAUAUUCAGUCAUAUUCUUUGCUUUUCUCACUUGUAAAUCAGUCUCACAAGGUUCACCACUGGUCAUCUUAACCAGGCUGGUAAAGGUGUAAGGAAAAUGGAUUCCAAAAGUUGAUGGUUGGUUGUAAUGGGGUGACUGGACUUUUGUUUAGGCCAGAAAGACAAGUGUGUAGGUGGUCAUAUGGCGGGUUUGGUUUUUUAUCUCCACGAACAUUUGCCCAGAAAUUAAUUGUAAUUGGGUGGAAUUACUUAGUUUUUCUCAGGUCUUUUCAACUUCUUAAAGUACAAAGUUACUUGCUUAUGCCGUAAGGUAUUUUUUAAUGUUUUUUUUUUUGUAGCUGUAUCAUCUCCCAAACAACCUCACGCAAGCUCCAAACCGGUGCCAGACCCACCAAGGGACCAUUCAUCUAUGGUGGAUCAUGUAAGAUUGAAUUUAACCUUUUCUUAAAUGCCACCACUUUCAAAUUAUCAAUUGCCUGCCAUUGUCGUCCUUUCCUUUAAUGAUUUUUAUUGGUCUAUAUCGCAGUUGGGCGAUCCAUACUGUUCAAGUCCUCUGAUUUACUCUCUAUAACACAACAGAGCAUUUGAAUAUGAAAUUUCUGGCACUUUUUUACGUGAUCGCAGAAGUUUAGCCAGAGGUCAACAAAAAGAAACAGUACAAAAGGGACGUAAAAAGAGUGAGGAAAAAAUAAAGCAGAAAGUGAAGGUUGAAUAUUUCUCUGUCGUUCUCUAAUUUUGUCCCCAAGAGACCGCUUGUUCUUGGUACUUACCAUAAGAAAGGCUGGCUCUGGGGCCAAUUUUUCUCUUUUACAACAAGCGGCAAACGUCAGAUUCAAUUUGAGAUUUUCUCAAAGUAGAAAGUAAGCAGAUAAAAACUGUCCACAACAAUUCUUAGGGAUAAAGCUGGCGUAAACUAUUUAUAAUUAAUUUUUUUUGUGUGGAAGUAAUACGUGUGUAGUUUGGCGUAAACGUGGCUCUAAAUCUUUCUAAUGAGUUGACUAUUAAAACAGUGCAAUGUUUAAUCUACACCCUUUUGAGUUAUUCAUUAUUUUGAUAAAUACUUCUUUUAAUUAUUUCAAAUUCGCUUAGCAACAACUGGAACGACUUAACCAAUUAUCUGAAUCCAGUAACCACGAAGCUUCUCAUGUUCCUCAAGCCACAGAGGAACUGCCACAGGAGAUGUUUAAUGUAGAAGACGACGAGAGAGAGAGGUACGCUAUUGCAAUGCUAAUUAUUCAGUCGGGCGCAUGCAAGUUCAGUUAUCAUGGCGAUUUUUCCUGUGACAGUUCAGCCUUGGANUGGAACGACUUAACCAAUUAUCUGAAUCCAGUAACCACGAAGCUUCUCAUGUUCCUCAAGCCACAGAGGAACUGCCACAGGAGAUGUUUAAUGUAGAAGACGACGAGAGAGAGAGGUACGCUAUUGCAAUGCUAAUUAUUCAGUCGGGCGCAUGCAAGUUCAGUUAUCAUGGCGAUUUUUCCUGUGACAGUUCAGCCUUGGAUAAACAAUCAAAGAUUUUAGCCCAGCUUCAUUGUUUGAAGUAAUUGUUAGGGAAGCAUGUUUGAUCGUUAAACCGUCUCUCUUAACCCAACAUUUAAAUUGUUUCCGAAGUUUUAUCUAGACCAAGCGUUUUCAUUCAGCAGUUUACCUGGCGAGCGUAUGGUUGAAUGUUUCAGCUAAAGCUCCCUAGUGUACUAAAGGAGGUGGAAGCAGAAGCGGAAGAAUAAAGCAAUCGUAGUUCUUCGGCUUCUGCUUGUGACUCCGAAGACCCAGUUUUCACUUGAUGAUACAUAUCACAUGGAGUCUUGAGUUGAAUCAGAACGCUCUUAAGUAAAGUUCUACGCUUCUGAUUACGACUCCGACUCCGUCGCUAGCGAAAACCAGCCUUAGUAAGCGUUUCUCUCGAGGCCAGUCUUACAGUGUUAAAUCAAAAUGUCUUCGUUUGAAAUUUUUGCAGUGAAAACGACGAUUCUCCAGGAUCCUCUAGUUUCCAUGGUAAUAUAUAUGAGGGCGAUGACGAUCUAGUCAUUGACUUACAAGAAUAG